UCUAAUCUAAAUUCUUUUUGCAUUUAGAGUUGGUUUUUGAUAGAUUCUGUUCAAAUCUCGGCCGUCGAUUUAUCUGACAUAGAUUUUUAUCAGAUCCGAUCAGGAUUUGAAAGUUUCAGUGAAAUGCGCGUUGGUUUAGUAGUGUUCUUUUGAUUUGCCAAAAAUGACGAUCUCCAGUCCUGUCACUCCCGGCCAGGUUUCGUUUUUCAUCGGAAUAGUCACCGUGUUUGCAGCAUGGAUUUAUUCAGAAUAUUUAGAGUACAAAAAAAAAUUAUUGCCGAGCAAAGUGCACUCUGAUGUCAGUUUGGAUGAAUUGGGAGUUGGAGAUGAGACGGUGAAGGAAGAUGACAAAGCGGUUCUUCUAGAAGGCGGAGGAUUGCAGUCAGCGUCUCCGAAAGCUCGGAGUUCGUCUGCAUCUUCUCCUAUCUUCAGAUUCCUUAUGAUGGAAGAGUCAUUCUUGAUCGAAAAUCGUCUCACGCUUAGAGCUAUAUCUGAAUUUGGUGUCCUUUUGGCUUACUUUUACAUAUGUGACCGGACGGACGUCUUUGGGUCAGCAAAAAAGAGUUACAAUCGGGAUCUUUUCAUAUUUCUCUACUUCCUUCUCAUCAUAGUUUCUGCAAUAACUUCUUUCAAGAUACAUCAUGAUAAGUCACCAUUCUCGGGGAAGUCCAUACUCUAUUUGAAUAGACAUCAAACUGAGGAGUGGAAAGGUUGGAUGCAGGUGUUGUUUUUGAUGUACCAUUACUUUGCUGCAACAGAAAUUUACAAUGCAAUCCGAAUGUUUAUUGCUGCUUAUGUGUGGAUGACUGGAUUUGGGAACUUCUCAUAUUAUUAUAUACGCAAAGAUUUCAGUCUUGCAAGGUUUGCACAGGUAUGUAGCUUUAAAUGUCUAAGAUUGCUUGUUUUAGUUAUGUCUAUUGGUAAAGUGCUUCAAACUUAUUGUGUUGAGCAGAUGAUGUGGAGGCUUAAUUUCCUGGUCAUAUUUUGCUGCGUCGUCCUUAACAACAGUUACAUGCUGUAUUACAUUUGCCCAAUGCACACUUUGUUUACUCUCAUGGUUUAUGGCGCACUUGGUAUUCUGAACAAGUAUAAUGAGAUUGGGUCGGUCAUUGCUGUAAAAAUUAUUGCCUGCUUCUUGGUGGUUAUUAUAGUCUGGGAAGUACCUGGAGUGUUCGAAUUGCUGUGGAGCCCAUUUACUUUCCUUGUUGGUUAUACUGACCCAGCCAAGCCCACGUUGCCUGUCUUGCAUGAGUGGCAUUUCCGCUCAGGGCUUGAUCGUUACAUAUGGAUAGUUGGGAUGAUAUAUGCAUACUAUCAUCCAACAGUUGAAAGGUGGAUGGAGAAACUAGAGGAAACAGAAGUGAAGCGCCGAAUAUCAAUUAAAACGGCUGUUGGACUAUUGGCCCUUGCGGUUGGAUUCAUCUGGUUCGAGUAUGUAUACAAACUGGAUAAGAUUACUUACAACAAGUAUCAUCCUUAUACCUCGUGGAUUCCAAUAACUGUCUAUAUUUGUUUGCGAAACCUCACACAGUCUUUCCGUAGCUACAGCUUGACCCUCUUUGCAUGGCUUGGAAAGGUAACACUGGAGACGUACAUCUCACAGUUCCAUAUCUGGUUAAGAUCGGCAGUUCCUGAUGGACAACCUAAAUUGUUGCUUUCACUGAUCCCUGAUUACCCAAUGUUGAACUUUAUGCUCACCACUGCCAUAUAUGUUGCUGUUUCUUACAGAUUAUUUGAGCUGACAAAUACUUUAAAAAUAGCAUUUGUGCCCGGUAAAGAUGACAAGCGCCUCCUCUACAACGUGGUUACAGCUGCUAUAAUCGCCAGUGUUUUAUAUUCUCUGUCUUUUGUCUUCCUGAGAAUUCCUCAGAUGUUGGUGUGAGAAUAUGGUGUAGAAAACUAGUAUUAAGGGUGCAAGCUUCUGCUCUCGGAGUCGAUGGAACGACUAUUUUCCACGGGAAGUUCGAGAAACCAAACUGCAAAAUGGAUUCAUUGGUGAGUUCACCAGGUUGAUAAUGUAAAAGUUGAUAAUGCCUAUAGUGUUUGAAAUUGAGACAUCUAUUAUAUAGGAAAAGUUCGAUAUAACCUCUCUAAAUUGUGAGGGGUUCUUGUCAUCUUUCUUGUACCACUACUGUGAUCAGGAGUAUGAUAUAGCAUUCAAAUUUAUUUCUUUUA